UAGCUCUGAUGGAAAUUUACCAUCAUUUCAAGUAGCAAGAAGGAUAAAUUAAACUUCCUUCAAUUCAUCUUCCAGUAUUAUUUCUGAUUGUCCAUGCCCAUUUCUAUUGAAUGUAUGCGUGUUUAACUCCACCUACUUUCUUAUUACUGGAAAGAUAUAUCCACAACCAACAACCCAUCCCUCCAAAACACUAUAUAUUUCUUCAAGACAACAACAAAUCAUAUCAAUACAACAACAUAAUGAAGCUCAACUUCUCUUCACUUUCGCUUCUCUUCUUCUUCUGCUUCUUCUUCUCUGAUCAUCUAAUAACUGCCCACGACUUGGUCCAUCAAACUUGCAAAAAAUGUGCGCAAAAUGACCCUAACCUCAACUACAACUUCUGUGUAACUUCCCUUGAAGCAGUCCCAAGUAGCCACUGUGCAGAUCUUCGCCAACUGGGUAUGAUCUCAAUCAACUUAACUCGACGCAACGUCACAAACACAAGGUCAUAUAUUAAUGAGCUCUUGAAGAACAAAAAGUCGGAUCCAUUCAUGAGCUCAUGCUUGACUGAUUGUUAUGAACUUUACUCAGACGCUAUUUCAACUCUCCAACAGGCCAUCAAAGACUACAAAUCUAAGCAAUAUGAGGAUGCUAAUUUUGAAAUAAGUUCAGUCAUGGAUGCUUCCACCACUUGUGAAGAUGGGUUUAAGGAACAAAAGGGCUUGGUUUCUCCUUUAACAAAAAGAAAUAACAAUAGCUUCCAGUUGUCUGUCAUAGCCCUUUCUAUUAUAAAUAUGCUCGAUUGAUCUCAUUGUUGUCUUUUGGUAGCAAUUCUUCACGCAGACUGGAUUUGCAAUAAAUUCUACAUUAUGGAGUUCAGACUCAGGCAUAGUCAUCUAUGGCAUUUGCCUCCACGCAGGUGCUGAUUUGAAUAAUUUCAAAUCUCAACGAGUAUGGUUUUGUGGUUUACAUGACAAAUUGGUCAAUGAAAA